AUGCAGAUGGCAUGGAGGCAGACAUUAACUGUUAUAUUUACACUGAUUUCUGUGGUUCAAAUAGGUCUUACCCAGACAGGAAUGGACCUCAAGAAUUUGUACGACGAGUUACUGAACAAACGUAACUACCAGAAAGUCGUCCCACCUUUUGAAAGUCUAAAACAGCCAAUCAAUGUACGCGUUACUGUCGAUUUAUACGGUAUUAACAGUCUCAAUGAGGUGCAAGGGAAAUUAGCAACGACAGCACAUCUGACCCUAGAGUGGCAUGACGCGUUUUUGACCUGGAACAAGAAAGAUUUCAAUAACAUUUCCUAUAUUUACAUGCCUCAGAACGAAGUAUGGAAGCCAGACGUCUCAUUGAACAAUGGGUUCAACAAACUGAGGGAACUAGGCGACGAAGUGAUCCAAGUGACGAUAAUGCACACUGGAAACAUAGUGUGGAGGCCGUUUGAAGUGUUUGAGACCAAUUGUGAUAUAGACAUUACAAAAUUCCCAUUUGACACUCAAGUAUGCAAGUUGGUAUUUCGGCUAUGGGCAUCACAACCACUCGACGUGAAAUUCGAGUUAUCUGAACCCGCGCUGAAAAUGGAUACUUAUAAAGAAAGCAGUGUUUGGGACCUCGACUCAGCCGAGGUUAUGCUACAAAAUGGCAACGUCGUUGUUUUACUGACACUGGAUCGAAGACCCCAGUAUUAUAUUCUUUCUCUCCUCUGUCCCAUUAUCUUGCUGUCUCUUCUGGACAUCUUCACAUUCGUUAUUCCUGCCAAUAGUGGAGAAAAAUUGGGAUACAGCAUGACCGCAUAUGUAGCAUUCGCUGUUUUUUUUACCAUUAUAAAUUCGUCCUUACCUAUCAACUCUCGCACUACUUCCUACAUGGCUGUUUUUGUUAUCAGCUUGCUGAUAAAAGGUACUACCAUCGUUAUGGUAACUGCUAUCCAAGUGCGAGUUCAUCAACGCACAAGUAAAACAGACCUUCCUCAAUACUUGCGACGUGUUAUCGAGAUCAGUCGGUGGAUGCGUUCUUGUUCUUCGACACGUGUAAAACCAAACACGGAUAAUACAAAGAAGGAGAAAUUGAAGGUUGACGUCCAAGACUCUCAACACCUAACUAUAGCGCAGAAACAUUCUGAACCAUCCAAACUACCACUUGACGGACGAAGUGACGUCAAAGAGGACGAAAAUGAUAUUUAUACCUGGGCAAAUGCUUGUGAUGCUCUGGAUGGUUUCUUUUUCUGUUUCUUUUUUGUUGUUGCUGUUAUUUUGUCGAUCGUAUUUUUCGCGGCACUUCCUUGA